AAACAAUAUUUCAAAUACUGUAAAAUAUUUUCGUGUGGUGGGUUUAGAAAAAGUUGUGCUUUUUGGUAUUAUUGGCCCUAACUGAGUAUAAUAUUUUCAUAUUUCCCUAACUGACUUCAUAAAAUGACUGAAAUUUGUAAUUUCUAUUCAUAAUAUCAAUUUGCCAAGAAACAACUGCAAAAGAUUCAAAGAAAGUCGUCAAAUACCAAAGUAAUGGAUUAAACUCGCAAACUCCAGACAAGGCGGUUAUUAGGAAUUCACAGAUCCGCCAUUUUGUCUAUUGUGAGAUGAAAAGAAUUUACGCAUUUUAUCACGUUUUCCUGAUCUAAAAAAGACAAAAAUGACACAAAUAACAGAUACAACGGGUUUAGCAGAGCUUGCUCAUAGAGAAUAUCAAGCUGGUGAUUAUGAGAAAGCAGAACAACACUGCAUGCAGCUUUGGCGACAAGAACCAGAAAACACAGGAGUCCUCCUUUUACUUAGCUCUAUACAUUUUCAGUGCCGCAGACUGGAUAGGUCAGCAUACUUCAGUCAACUUGCCAUUAAACAGAAUCCCAUGUUAGCAGAAGCAUAUUCAAAUCUAGGCAAUGUAUAUAAAGAAAGAGGACUAUUACCCGAAGCUUUAGAAAAUUAUAGACAUGCAGUUAGGUUAAAACCAGACUUCAUAGAUGGUUACAUAAAUUUAGCAGCAGCGCUCGUUGCGGCUGGGGACAUGGAACAAGCUGUACAAGCAUAUGUGACAGCAUUGCAGUAUAAUCCAGACCUUUACUGUGUACGCAGUGACUUAGGUAAUCUUCUCUAUGCGUUAGGACGUAAUGAGGAAGCCAAGGCAUGCUAUCUGAAGGCCAUAGAGACUCAGCCAAACUUUGCUGUAGCAUGGAGCAACCUGGGAUGUGUGUUCAACAGUCAGGGGGAGAUCUGGUUGGCCAUACAUCACUUUGAGAAAGCAGUGGCGUUGGACCCCAAUUUCUUAGAUGCUUAUAUCAACCUUGGAAAUGUACUGAAGGAGGCCAGAAUAUUUGACAGGGCAGUGGCAGCAUACCUUCGUGCACUGAACCUGAGUCCCAACCAUGCUGUUGUACAUGGUAACCUGGCAUGCGUCUAUUAUGAGCAAGGCCUCAUAGACUUGGCUAUAGAUACAUACAGACGAGCUAUAGAGCUCCAGCCAAACUUCCCAGAUGCUUACUGCAACCUGGCCAAUGCCCUGAAAGAGAAGGGAAAGGUAGCGGAGGCUGAAGAGUGUUACAACACAGCCCUGCGGCUCUGUCCCACACACGCAGAUUCACUAAAUAACUUGGCAAAUAUCAAACGUGAACAAAGUAAUACUGAAGAUGCUGUUGCACUGUACAGAAAAGCUCUGGAGGUGUACCCUGAGUUCGCUGUGGCCCAUUCUAACCUAGCCAGUGUUUUACAACAACAAGGGAAACUUCAUGAUGCCCUCCUACAUUAUAAAGAAGCUAUAAGGAUAGCUCCCACGUUUGCUGAUGCUUACUCCAACAUGGGCAAUCUCCUUAAGGAGAUGCAGGACAACCAGGGAGCAAUGCAGUGCUACACGCGUGCCAUACAGAUCAAUCCAGCAUUUGCAGAUGCUCACAGCAACCUGGCAUCUGUCUAUAAGGACUCUGGAAGUAUCCCAGAAUCCAUUGCAUCCUAUCGUACAGCGCUGAAGUUGAAACCCGAUUUUCCAGAUGCUUACUGUAAUCUGGCACAUUGUUUGCAGAUUGUGUGUGACUGGUCAGACUAUGAAGAAAGGAUGAAGAAACUGGUCCAGAUUGUUGGCGAACAGUUGGAGAAGAAUCGUCUCCCAUCCGUGCACCCUCACCAUAGCAUGUUGUACCCACUUACACAUGACAUGCGGAAAGCCAUUGCGGCAAGACAUGCCAAUCUCUGUUUAGAAAAAAUCAAUGUUCUACACAAGCCACCUUAUGAACACAUUAAAGACUUGAAUGCUAGCAGUGGUAGGUUGAGGAUUGGCUAUGUUAGCUCAGACUUUGGCAACCACCCUACCUCCCACCUUAUGCAGAGUAUCCCUGGACACCAUAACAGAGACAAUGUAGAGAUUUUCUGUUACUCACUCAGUCCUGAUGAUGGCACUGCAUUCAGAGCUAAAAUUGGCAGAGAGGCAGAACACUUUAUUGACCUGUCCAAGAUACCAUGUAAUGGGAAGGCGGCUGACCGAAUUAACGCAGAUGGGAUCCAUAUUUUAGUUAACAUGAAUGGUUACACUAAAGGUGCUAGGAAUGAACUAUUUGCUCUCAGACCAGCUGCAAUACAGGUGAUGUGGCUCGGCUACCCUGGUACUAGUGGCGCCUCCUUUAUGGACUAUAUCAUAACAGAUCGUAUCACAUCUCCUCUAGAACUAUCGGAACACUAUAGUGAAAAACUGGCCUAUAUGCCGAACACUUUCUUCAUUGGUGACCACCAAAACAUGUUCCCACAUAUGAUGGAGCGAGUUGUAAUCGAUACACCAGACGGCAAUAAGGCUGAUAAUGUUUCCGUGCUGAACACAACUAAUCUCCAGUCUAUCAAGGAUAAUAUGGAAAUGUCUGAGAUUAAACAUCCUGUCGUUGUGAGCACAGCUAGUAAUGGAAUACCAAAUGGUGUGGUUGAAAGUCCAAAGAAAACAGAGAUGGUUACCCAGGUGAUAGAGUUGCCAACAACAACAGCAGUAGAACAGAUGAUCUCUAAGGGACAGCCUGUGACAUCACUGAAUGGCAUUGUUGUACAGAAUGGUCUGACUACUAAUCAGACUAACAACAAGGCAGCCACUGGUGAGGAGAUCCCACAACUCCCUCUCAUUACAACACGUCAACAAUAUAACCUCCCAGAGGGCGCAAUAGUUUACUGUAACUUCAACCAGCUAUAUAAGAUCGACCCAGACACUCUGCGUAUGUGGACGAACAUCCUGCGGGCAGUGCCCAAUAGCGUCCUUUGGGUGCUCAAGUUCCCUGCAGUUGGGGAGACGAAUGUCAUUGCAGCUGCUAAAGAACAUGGCAUUGAGCCAUCUCAGAUUGUUUUCUCACCUGUUGCUCCAAAGGAAGAGCAUGUACGUCGAGGUCAAUUAGCUGAUGUGUGUCUUGAUACGCCACUCUGCAAUGGACACACAACAGGAAUGGACGUCCUAUGGGCAGGUACUCCCAUGGUGACCCUUCCAGCUGAAACUCUAGCAUCUCGUGUCGCUGCGUCACAACUGACCACUCUUGGGUGUCCUGAACUUGUAGCCACCUCACGGCAGGAUUACGAGAGAAUCGCCAUCAAGCUGGGAACAGAUCCACAUUACUUGAAAGAUAUCCGAGCGAAGGUGUUCAAACAGAGAACUGAAUCUCCACUAUUUAACACAAAGCUUUACGCUUCCCACCUGGAGAAACUUUACAGAAGUAUGUGGGAGAAAUAUGAACAUGGAGAAAAACCUGAACAUAUAACACAAAUAUAAUCUAGACAAGUCACUAUAAUAUUAAAACCAUUAUUGUAAAAUAUAACUUUCAGAAUGUAGAUUAUAGUUGGUUGUUGGUUUUCAUUGAUUAAAUUCUUGGAUACAGUAUAAUGCACAGUCACAUGUUAAUGUGUCCAACUAGGAAAAUUGACCUUAUUUAAAUUAAGACACUUCUUGUUGCUGUGUAUUGAACUGUAUAUGAAUAACCUGUCAAAAAUACUUGUACAGUGAUUAAUGUAUACAUUAUUAUUUGCAUGCAUGCAUUAGAUAUAAAUGUGUCAAGUCCAUUUGGGACAUGUAGAUUAUUUCAUGGUUCUCUUUGUAUAGUUUUCAUUGAAUUUUUGCUAUUAAUGCAGUGCUUUUGUAAACGAUCCAAUUUAGUCUUCGAAGAAGCCUAGAGAAUAGCUGAUGAGCUCAAAUAAAUAUAAGCUCUGAAUUAAAGAUUUUCUGGAGACUUUAUUUGAGAAGUGAUGAUGUAAAAUAUAGUAGAGUUCUGCACACAUGUACGAUAACAUGUACAGCCAAUUAUUCAGAAUUAUGUGAAUGUGUGCAAAACUGAACUAUUGUGCUGAACUUUGACCUCACCCCUUGGUUGAGUCAGUUUCAUAUAAUAUUUAUUUUUCGCAAUAUAUUGUACAUAAGGAGGAAAUGUCAAUUGUAGAUAUCUAAGUUAUCAUCAAAUACAUGUUUGUAAAUAGAAUCAGUCAUCACCUAUGAGGCCAAGACAAAAUAUUCUUGUGGUUUCUAUGUAUGUAGCUUUUUGAGAAUUAACCAGGAAUCACACAAUAAAUUAGCUUGGCCUUCAGUUUGAAAUCUCAAUGUAAUUCAUAUGAUGUUUAAGGUAGUUCUGCAUUUCAGAAUAAACUGAAAAAAUUGGAAGAUGUCAUUUCAAUGGAAUUUUUUCAACUGUAAUAUGUGUUGUAGAUAUCCAUGUAAAUUUUGAAAAUGUUAAUUUUUCACCAUGUGGAACUACCUUAAUGAGACCUGCUAUUGGGGUAGGUUAAAAAAUUUAGUCAUAAUUUAAUCUGCAAGUCUUCGCAGAUUUUGAAACCAAGAUAAGCCUAGAGUCUAGGAUAAAGUAGUCUUAUAGUCAGCAUUAUGCUUUAUGAACUUAUUUAUCCUGGAAUUUUUGUUCAACAUAUUGGGUUAGAUUAGUUUGAGCUUUGUAUAUAUAUCCAUAUAAAAGCAAGUUAACGUUCAGGAUGUGUCAUGAGCUUUGGUUUGUUGGUCAGUGACCACUUUUGCCAUGGACUUGUUUUGGAACAUGCCAUCAGGGUCAGAAAAUAAACAGGGGGUGACCAUUGGCUUGAUGCAAGACUUGUUGAUAUAAAGUACCGGUAUGUCUUAUGACACACCCUGAUUUCCCUAGGUGUACUGUAUAAAACUAUCUGUACUGAUGCUCUAUGUGUAUUGUGCAAGGUUCUAUGUACUGUUUGAUUCUAUAUGUGUACUGUAGGCUGUUAUAUGUGUAUUGAUCCAGAUGCACAUUCUUGUCGUGUAUAAUAUGUGACAACAUGCUGUACAAAGUACUUAUCCAGAUUAUUCAAAUUUUAUUUAAUUUUCUCUCUUCUAUGUUUGAAUUAUAAAUGGCUAGAUCAUUUUAGUAAGAAUGAAGUGGCUGAUUUUGGUAUAUGUGGAUUUAAUCCUAAAGCAACAUGUGUUGUAUGUUAUUAUUAUUAUGUAGAAUCAGUCUUUAUUAAGGUGAAUAAAGGAUAUUUAUGAAAUGGA